AUGGCACGUGCCCUGCUACUGGCCUUGAUGCUGCGCGGCAGCCUGGCUUCUCCCUGUCCAGGCAUGUUGUUCGAGGGUCGAUGGGUCGAUUGGUUUGGAGAAGAGUGGUUCGGCUGCGGGAGUGAACUGGGAGGGUUUGAGCUCCGUCGGCAUCGCCUACAGCGUGCCCCCCCCCAGAACUACUACGUGGUCCCGGAGCUCCCGGUCUACGACAAGUCGUUGAAAGAGUUGGAUUUGAAGGCGGUUGUGGCCGACAUGCAGAAGCUCUUUCUGGACUCCCAGGAGUGUUGGCCAGCCGACUGGGGCCAUUACGGCCCCUUCUUCGUCCGGCUCGCGUGGCAUUGCUCGGGCACGUGGCGUAUCACCGAUGGGCGCGGUGGCUGCGCCGGUGGCCGGCAGCGCUUUGAGCCGGAGAGGUCCUGGGCCGACAAUACCAACCUGGACAAGGCGCGCGCCUUGCUGUGGCCCAUCAAGUCCAAGUUUGGGGCGGGGCUCAGUUGGGGUGACCUCUUCACCUUGGCCGGCACCGCCGCCAUCAAGAUGAUGGGCGGCCCCAUCACUGAGUACUGCGCGGGGCGCAUCGAUUCACCGGAUGGUACCGAGAGCUUGGAUUUGGGCCCCAGCGAGGAGCAGAGGAAGUAUGCACCCUGCGCCAUCAAUGGCACCUGCCAGCGACCAUUGGGCAGCACCACGGUCGGCCUGAUCUACUUGAACCCUGAAGGCGGCCAUCGGCACGCGUCGCGUCGUCAAGGGCGGCGGAGAGAGAGGUCGGUGCUGGACUUCCAUGGCAAAUGGCCCUGUCACCAAGCAGCCGGAGUCUUGGGCGAGCGGAGCAUGACCUCCCGACUUCUGCACCUGACGUUGUUGAGACUGACCAUGGGGACUGGAAUCCUUUCUCUCAACAGACACCUCAAUCUGGGCGGAGCCGCAUUUGAUGAACGGUCUCACACAGCAGCAACACCAGACUCAGAUGGACACUACGAUGUGGACCCCGACCCCGCCAAGAGCGCCAAAGACAUUCGCGACGCCUUUGGGCGCAUGGGAAUGAAUGACUCCCAAACUGUGGCACUCAUUGGUGGAGGCCACACCUUCGGCAAAAGCCACGGCGCCUGCCCCGAGGGCCCCGGGCCCGCACCCAAUCAGGCCACGGGCCCUGGUGGGUGGCGACGUCGGGUGAUGUUGGGAGACGUCGGGUGCGGUAAUGAUCACCCCGCCAUGUUGCUGGUUUCUUCAUGUUUUCUUUUUCUCUCGAUUUGUCAAGUUUUGGUGAUGAAGAUGGUUCGCAAAACACGGUUAAGACCGGUCCACCGGUCUUCCUUUUUUCGCAUGCUGGGUGACUGCCUGGUCUUCUUUCUGUCAGACUCUUCAUGUUAUUUAAGUGCUUUGCGAAGAAGAGAGACCCUUGAGUCUCAGCUGCAAGACUCUGUCAGACUGGUUUGUAAAGGACCAGAACAUGGUUCCAAAGAGGAAGCUGCACAUCAAACAGCGAGGCCCUGA